ACUGAGUUGAAAUUUGCCUCUCAUGAGAGGAAGGUGGAAAAAGUUGGAAGGCAUGCACCUGAGAUUGAAGACAUAGUGGCUGCUAUAGGAUUAAUUUAUUUGAUUACAUAUUCAAUGGAGACAGAUGACAAGGGACUUUUAUAUGCUUUUGCCGAGAGGUGGUACAAGGAAACUAGUAGUUUCCAUUUAUUUAUAGGAGAACUAAGUAUAACCCUCGAUGAUGUGGCAUCAUUAUUACAUCUACCCAUUACAGGUGUCUUCCAAACUUAUGAUGCAAUUGAUGUGGAUCAAGUUGUUGACUUGUUAGUUAAGUUGCUUAAAGUGCGUAGACAAGACACAAAAGAUGAGACUUAUCGUACCAAAUGUGACGCACGACAAUGGACAUGACUAGCUGCUAAAGCUUAUUUGUUGCAUCUUGUAGGUUGCACACUAUUUGCUAACAAGAGUGUCACACAUAUCACUGUGGUAUUCUUGGACUCAUUUUGUGACCUUAAUCAACCUGGAGGGUUUUCAUGGGGAGCAAUUGCACUUGUACAUAUGUAUGAGAAUCUAAAUGUUGCGUCUAAGCAUUCGACUAAACAUCUUGUAGGAUAUAUCACUUUCUUGCAGUCUUGGAUCUACAAGCAUUUUCCUACAAUUGCAAAUAUGAUUGCUGAUGAGAAUUACUAUGAGAGGAAACCACAUGCUUGUCAUUGGAAGUGUGGGAAGACAUUACUAGUGACCACCUAUCGCAAGUGCUUGGAUAGGUUGAUGUCAGAUGUUGUUUGUUGGAUACCUUAUGGUGAUCAUCAUGGUUUCAGAGAAUUUGAGCUUAUUUCAUCUAUUGUUAGACACCUAUCAGGGAGGGUAUUACGACAACUUGGUUAUGUUCAGUUCAUUCCUCCACUCAAUACUUCUACAUCUUUAUCGACAGAAGAGAUUGAUGAUAAAUGACUUCUGUUUUCUUAAUACCUUGCACCGAUUGGAGACUUUUGUACUUUUCCUUGUCAGUGUGUUGUAGGCUAUCUGGAGUGGUUUUAUAUGACAUCUCACCCAUUUAUGAGUCUGGCAGAGGUGGGGUAGCCUCCUAGACAUCCACUGUUCAUAUAGCAACUAUGUCAUAACCACCUACACCUGCAACUGUUGAUGCAUACAUGCCUCAACAUGCAGUGGUAUAAUAUAUUUACAAUUUGACUAAUAUAAUUGUU